GUAUAUGGAUGCAUUUUGAAUUCCACUUCUUGCAUAGAAAGAAACGAAAACGUAAUUAAAAAAAUACAAAAUUGCUAAGAUGUUCAUUUAUAUUAAAAGGAAAUGAAACUAAAAGUUAAGAGAGAAACUCUUCAGUUUCCGAGUUCCUAAAUCUUCACGUGCCUCUUCUUCUCCUUACUUCCUCACAACUACUGUCCACUUCUAAAACUCCAGUCAUCACCAGAUUCAGAUCUCUUUCACUAUGUCUCACUCACCGUCUUCUUCCCGACGGUUCUUUUCUCUACUCAUCUUUGUUCUCACCAUUGUUAAAACUUGCUCGUCUUCAUGCUCUUCUUCUUCUUCUACUUCCUUUCAUUGCCCUCCCUUUAAUGCCUCUCCACCGUUCCCAUUCUCCACCUCUCCCGGAUGCGGCCACCCAAAUUUCCAGAUCCAAUGCUCAUCUCCACGCUCCACCAUCUCAAUCAAAAACCUCACCUUCUCCAUCCUCCAUUACUCCUCCCUCUCCUCCUCUCUCACGCUCUCUCCGCACCUAGACUCUAACCAAAACAACUGCUCCUCUCUCCGGUUCUCCUCCUCCUCCCCAAACCGGUUCAUCGACCUAACCGGUUCUCCUUUCAGAGUCUCCGACUCUUCCUGCUCCCGUCUCUCCCUCCUCCGUCCCUGCUCUCCUCUAACUCUCCCGAACUGUAGUCGCUGUCCUCACGACUGCAAACUCCUAAAGAACCCGGGUCGGAUCCUCCACGGAUGCGAAUCAACCCACGGCUCCUUAUCCGAGCAAGGCUGCCAAGGAGACCUCCUGAGCUUCCUCCAAGACUUCCUCACCAGAUUCGGAUUCGAAGUCGAAUGGGACUCAUCCCAAGACCCAUACUUCCCUAAAUGCAAAGACUGUCGAGUCAAAAACGGACUCUGCGGGUUCAACACAACCCACCCGAAUCAAGACUUCAUCUGUUACUCCUCUCAAAGAGAGUCAACAACAACAAAAACAACAGUCAACAACCACGUGGCAGUGCUAUGCCUCAUCUUCGCUCUAACCUGCCUCCUCCUCGCCAUCUCCGUCGCGGUAGCCAUCUUCCGAUCAAGAAAAGCGAGCUUCCUCUCCUCAGUCAACGAAGAAGACCCCGCCGCUCUCUUCCUCCGCCGCCACCGCUCCGCCGCCCUCCUCCCUCCCGUCUUCACCUUCGAGGAGCUUCAAACCGCCACCAACAAGUUCGACCCCAAGCGCAAGAUCGGCGACGGAGGCUUCGGCUCCGUCUACCUAGCCCAGCUCCCCGACGGCAACCUCCUCGCCGUGAAGUUCCUCCACCACCACCACGGCGACACCGAGCACUGCAAGGCCUUCUCCAUGAAGUCCUUCUGCAACGAGAUCCUCAUCCUCUCCUCCAUCGACCACCCCAACCUCGUCAGGCUCCACGGGUACUGCUCCGACCCGAGAGGCCUCCUCCUCGUUCACGACUACGUCGCCAACGGAACCCUAGCGGAUCAUCUCCACGGGAGGAGGUCGAAGAUGACGUGGCGCGUACGGUUAGACAUCGCUCUGCAGACGGCUUUGGCUAUGGAGUAUCUACACUUGUCUAUCACGCCGCCGGUUGUUCAUAGAGAUAUCACUUCCUCGAACAUCUUCGUGGAGAGAGACAUGAGGAUUAAAGUAGGGGACUUCGGUCUCUCUAGGCUCUUGGUGUACUCGGAGACGACGGUUAGCUCGGGUUCUUCGUCUGAUUACGUUUGCACGGGCCCGCAAGGUACGCCCGGUUAUCUUGAUCCGGAUUAUCACCGGUCUUUCCGGUUAACUGAGAAGAGUGAUGUUUAUAGCUACGGCGUCGUUUUGAUGGAGUUGGUUUCGGGGAUGAAAGCGGUUGACCAGCGUCGUGAGAAGCGAGACAUGGCUUUGGCUGAGCUGUUUGUUUCUAAGCUACAGAUGGGUCUUCUCGAUCAGGUGGUUGAUCCGUUGCUUGCGGGUGGUGAGGAGGAAGAUGAAGGUGGUGUUGCGGCGGUUGCUGAGCUGGCGUUUCGGUGUGUUGCGGUGGAUAAGGAUGAUCGUCCGGACGCGAAGGAGAUUGUUGGAGAGCUCAGGAGGAUUAAGAGCCGUACACGUUUGGCUGAAGAUGACGUGGCGAGAUGUUGACUGUUGGAUUAGAUUGCGGUGAUGUAAUGUGAUGAUGAAGUGAAAAAGAGUUUGACUUGUCCCCACGUGUGUCAGGGCUGAAAAGCAAACCUUCUUACCGGACUAGAAGGAUGUGAGAGGCUCACAUGGGUGUUGUGUGGUGACGUAAUCCUAGUACACAUAACUCGUAGUUUGUAUUAUGUUUAUAGAUUUUGUAAGUGUGGGAAUAGAGAUCCGGAAAAAAAUGAUUUUGUUGUU